CAACUAAAUCCGGUUAAGGUUAGAGGACAGGUUUAGGACUAUGACUUCAGGGAUCUAUACGGGCGGCAUCAGGAAAUGCAACAGGUGGAAAACUAUUCGUUCUCGCAAUGAUCUGUUGUUGUUCUCCGGAAGGAAGGUGCACUUGAAGAGAACGCUGCCUGAAUUGGACGCUCGAGUAAGGGGGAAAAUAAGAACUAGUCGCACGUCCAGCCACAGAAAACCCACAGCCAGGCACCAUGGAUGACAGCUUGAGUAACUCCAAUGUGAAGGUCGCAGUUCGCGUCCGACCAAUGAACAGAAGAGAAAAAGACCUGAAGACCAACUGUGUGGUGGGGAUGGAGGGGAACCAGACAGUGUUGAACCCUGCUAGUCAGAACCUCAGCAAGGGAGACUCCCGGAAUCAGCCUAAGGUCUUUGCUUAUGACCACUGCUUCUGGUCCAUGGACGAGUCUGACACAGACAAGUUUGCAGGUCAAGACGUCGUGUUCCAGUGCCUUGGAGAGAGUCUUCUGGACAAUGCCUUCUUGGGCUAUAACGCCUGUAUCUUCGCCUAUGGACAGACAGGCUCUGGGAAGUCGUACACCAUGAUGGGUUCGUCAGAGCAGCCAGGUCUGAUCCCGCGGCUGUGCAGCUCUCUGUUUGACCGGACUCUACAGGAUCAGAGGGAGGGAGAGAGCUUCACUGUAGAGGUCUCCUUUAUGGAGAUCUACAACGAGAAGGUUCGCGACCUACUGGACCCUAAAGGAAGUCGUCAGGCCCUGCGAGUGAGAGAACACAAGGUGUUCGGGCCGUACGUCGAUGGUCUGUCUCGUCUGGCUGUAGCCUGCUAUAAGGACAUAGAGUGUCUGAUGUCAGAGGGUAACAAGUCUCGUACAGUAGCAGCCACCAAUAUGAACGAGGAGAGCAGCAGGUCCCACGCCGUCUUCAACAUCAUCCUCACACACACUCUAAUGGACCUGGGUUCUGGGACCAGUGGGGAGAAGGUCAGUAAACUGAGUCUGGUGGAUCUGGCUGGCAGUGAGAGAGCUGCUAAGACUGGAGCUACUGGAGAGAGAAUGAAGGAGGGGAGCAACAUCAACAAGUCUCUGAGCACGCUGGGCCUGGUGAUCUCAGCGCUGGCAGACCAAGGAGCAGGGAAGAACAAGACCAAGUUUGUUCCCUACAGAGACUCAGUUCUCACCUGGCUACUCAAGGACAGUCUGGGUGGUAACAGUAGGACAGCCAUGGUGGCCACGGUGAGUCCAGCAGCUGAUAACUAUGACGAGACGUUGUCCACGCUGCGCUACGCUGACCGGGCUAAGAGCAUCGUCAACCACGCCGUAGUCAACGAAGACCCCAACGCACGCAUCAUCAGAGAGCUACGGGAGGAGGUGGAGAAACUACGAGACCAGCUCACUGAGGCUGAGUCUAUGAAGGCUCCAGAUUUGAAGGAGAGGCUGGAGGAGUCCGAGAAACUGAUUCAGGAGAUGACAGUUACCUGGGAACAGAAACUACGGAAGACUGAGGCAGUGGCUCAGGAGCGACAGAAACAGUUGGAGUCUCUAGGUAUCUCUCUCCAGUCGUCUGGCAUCAGAGUGGUAGACGACAAGUGUUUCCUUGUCAACCUCAACGCCGACCCUGCACUCAAUGAGCUGCUGGUCUACUAUCUAAAGGAGCACACGCGUGUUGGCUCAGCUGACUCUCAGGACAUUCAGCUGUGUGGUAUGGCCAUCCACCCUGAACACUGUGUCAUCAACAUCACCGCUGAGACUGGAGUGGUGCUCACGCCACACCGCAGCUCCCGUACGUGUGUGAAUGGCUCUUCAGUCACCAACCCAGUCCAGCUUCACCAUGGAGACCGGAUCUUGUGGGGAAACAACCACUUCUUCAGGAUCAACCUGCCCAGACACCUGGCCCAUGCGGGGGGUGAGGAUGAGGCGGGUGGUGUGAUGAAGAAUUGCCUCAGUACUGACCAGUUGGAAGUGGACUUUGAUACGGUCAGCAAUGUGUCCAGUGAGGUCAGCUUUGGCUACGAGUUCGCCCAGACAGAGGUCAUGAUGAAGGGCAUGGGCAGCGACGACCCCAUGCAGUCUGUCCUCCAGACGUUGGAGCGACAGCACGAGGAGGAGAAGAGGACGGCUCUGGAGCGACAGAGACAGAUGUACGAGCAGGAGCUGCAGCAGCUGAGGAAGCGGCUCCCUCCUGCAGAGAAACACACUCUGCUGCUGCCGAGCCCUGGGCCUGACCUGGAGCCAGCCGGACCCUCAGCAGCAUCGAUCGCAUCAUCACCCUGCGCCCAGACACGCAUGCGGAGAUGGAGCGAGGACAGAGAGGCCAUGAUGACUCGUAGCCUGCGUAGACUGAGGGAGCAGAUCGUCAGAGCUAACCUGCUGGUGCAGGAGGCUGGCUUCAUAGCUGAGGAACUCAACAAGAGGACGGAGUACCUGGUCACACUGCAAAUACCUGCUGCUAACCUCGACGCCAACAGGAAGCGUGAUGCGGUGCUAAGUGAGCCUGCGGUGCAGGUGAGACGUAAGGGGAAAGGGAAACAGAUCUGGGCUCUGGAGAAGAUGGAGAAUAGACUGGUGGACAUGAGAGAACUGUACCAGGAAUGGAAAGACUACGAUGAAGACAACCCUGUAAUGCGUUCCUACUUCAAGCGUGCCGACCCGUUCUUUGACGAGCAGGAGAACCACAGUCUGAUUGGAGUGGCCAACGUGUUUCUGGCCUGUCUCUUCUACGACGUCAAGCUGCAGUACGCUGUACCCAUCAUCAACCAGAAGGGAGAGGUUGCAGGGCGUCUACAUGUGGAGGUGUGGCGAGGGAGCGAGGGGCUGGAGAAAGGAGAGACCAGUCCAGAUGGCGAGACACAGGAACGCAAAAUGGAGUGUGUGGUCAGGAUCCUGCAGGCUACAGGUCUUCCUCGCCACCUGUGUAACUUUGUGUUCUGCCAGUACCAUUUCUGGGGACAGGAUGAGCCUGUCUUCAUUGCCCCGGAGGUGGCGCCCACACCCCCGUCAGCCACCAGCAGAGAUCCCCUCUGCACCGUACUUUUCGACAGUAGCAAGGAGCUGGAGGUGUGUGUGUCUGAGGAGUUUGUGGAGUUUGUGGCGGAGGGGGCAGUGGCCAUCGAGGUGUUUGGACAUAAACAGGUGAACCACCGCAGGAACCUGGCUCUCUGGGAUCUGGGAGUCAUUCAGGCCAAGACACGAACCCUCAGAGAGAGGUGGAGUGAGGUGACUCGUAGGCUGGAUCUCUGGGUUCAGGUGUUGGAGCUGAAUGACGCAGGAGAGUUCACCCCUGUAGAGGUCCUACCACCCAAGGACGUACGCACCGGGGGCAUCUUCCAGCUCAGACAGGGCCAGUCUCGUCGUUUGCAGGUGGAGGUACGGUCUGUACCUGACUCAGGAACCAUGCCCCUCAUCGCCACAAACAUCCUCUCUGUAUCCAUUGGCAACGUGGAGGUACGCGAGAUCUGCCGCUGGGAUGAGGACAUGGACAGCUAUCAGGAAGGUGAUCUGGAGAGGUUGAGGGACCAGUGGCUGACCACUCUCACUAAGAGGCAACAGUACCUGGACCAGCACCUGCAGAAGAUGGUCCAAAAGCCCGAUAAGUCAGAGGAUGACGUGGAGAGGGAGGCCCAGCUGUUAGAGUGGCGUUUGACCCUGACAGAGGAACGUAACGCUGUCCUGUUACCUUCGGCUGGUAGCGGGAUCCCUGGAGCCCCCGCUGAGAGAGAUCCUGUUCCUGGGAUGGAGGCACACAUUCCUGUUCUCUUCCUGGACCUCAGUGCUGAUGAUUUCCAGGAUAACUUAUCUGCUCCACUGGCUGGGGGUCUAGAUGCCAUGCUUAACCAGGAGGAUGAGGAUGCGUUUUUUGACUUGCACAUCGUCAAGCACUACGAUGGAGGAGAGGUUGGUGCAGAGGCGUCGUGGGACUCUACGGUACAUAACUGUCCCCAGCUGAGUCGCAGUGUGUCAGCUGACCUCAGGGUGUACCUGAUCGUCAGGGUCGUAGUUCAGCUCUCUCACCCUGCUAACAUGCACCUGGUCCUCCGAAAACGAAUCUGUGUCAACCUAGCUGGACGACAGGGUUGGGGUCAGAGUCUGUUGAAGAGGAUGUCUCAUCGCAGCACCAUCCCUGGUUGUGGAGUCACCUUCGAGAUCGUCUCCAACAUCCCUGGGCAUGUCCAGGGUCCAGAGGACAGAGAGAUGCUGGCCAGACUCGCAGCCAGUGUUGAUGUUCAGGAUGUCCAGUCAGGGGACAGUGAGGCUGCCAUAGAGAAGUACCUCCACAGUGUCCUGGCUGUAGAGAAUAUACUCACCCUGGACCGACUACGACAGGAAGUAGCAGUAAAGGAGAAGUUGUCUGUCAAGGCCAAGUCUCCCAGUCGUGCUCUCAGCUCUCCUAACGUGAACCGGCUGUCAGGAUCCUGGAGCAGACAGGAUCUGUCCUCCAAUCACAGGCUAGAUGACAACAAGGGCUGGUCAGAGAGUAACCAGGACCUGUCAGUGUUCUCUCCACCGUCCAACUCCAGACGCACCCUGCCUAGCUCCGCUCCGCCUUUGGCCCAGAACAUCCACCCUGAGACGAGUCUCUCACGGUAUGCUCCUGCUACCUCUUAUUUCUCCCCAGUCAAGGCUCUGGUUCCUCCUGUCCCUAAACUGCUAAAGUCCCUGUUUCCAACCAGGGAGGAGAAGAGAGACCUGACCCAUGUCCCACAGCAGCCUCUCCCACAGAGCCUACCUCGCAUUGUAGUGCAGUCCGCAAGUGUUGAAGAGGACUUGGAUACAAAACUUAGUCGUCACUUGGUUCCCAUUGGGGAAAUCGUCCCCACAAAGUGCCAAUCAGAGGCUGGGAAAACCAUGCCCCUCCCACCGGCUAUCAUCCCUCCACUCAUCCCGGAGAUAGAAGACCCCUUCCCCAGUCCGGUCAGCGAGGCAUCCAGUGGCUACAUGUCCACCAGCGUCUCCACGGCAACCCUGUCAGAGGCUUACCUGAUUUGUGGGGACCUCGGUCUGUCAACCAAUCUCAAUCCAGAUGGCUUUGAGGUGACGCACAGGUCGUUCGAGUCCGACAUUGGUCGGUGUCUUCAUCAGGAGUCUAACAUGGCCGACCAGGAGGAAGAGAGGGCCACUGCUUCUGACCUGGAGGCUUCAGAGAAACAGAGGACUGAUACUGGUUCUCCCCAGGCAGACAGGACUGAUAUUGAUACACUACGAGCAGACUCUUCUCUCCCAUUGGAACCACAUGGAACCUCCGCAGAACCUCUUCGCAUAUCAAAACCCUAUAAAUCCUCAGGAGAACCUGAAGAUAUGACUCCACCAGAGUCACUGACACACAAGUUUACACAAGAAUACUACAGACUACUACCGUGUGAAGAAUCAAUCCAACCAGAGUCACUGACACCGUCUACACAAGAACAGUCUGUAGUAUCUAAUGAGUCUGAACCACCAGUCCAGCCAGUCAAGUCUGUACAAGAACAACUGAGACAGUCUUCACCAGACAAGUCAACAGAAAAACUGUCUGUAGAAUUAGACCAGUCAGAACCACCAGUCCACAUAAAAGACCCAGUCCAGUUAGAAGAACCACCAGUGGAGCCAAAGCCACCUCGGGAACAGCGUGAGGCAACAGCUGAGUCAGCACCUCUAGACCAUCUAGCACCUCUAGACCAGCUAGCACCUCUAGACCAGCUAGCACCUCUAGACCAGCUAGCGCCUCUAGACCAGCUAGCACCGGCAGACCAGCUAGCACCGGCAGACCAGCCUGAACCUGCACUUACCCCUGUAAAGUCUCUGAUUGUCGAGCUUGCACCUAGCCAGCCAGCCGAAGCUCCAGCCCUAGCUCCAACCCUAGCCCUAGCCCCAACCCUGGCUUCAGCUCGAAUCACGGCCGUAACUCCUGCUCCUGUCCCACCCAAAGCCCCUCUCCUAACCACUGUCCCAACCCUUCUUCCAGCACUAGUUGUCAAACCUCCCAGUAGCUCGGCAGCAAACCCAUUCAAGAUUCAGAAAGUGAAGACAUCUGAUCUGAAGUCCUUCCAUCCUAUCGUAAAUGAGAAUGAGAGCCAGGCCAGGAACAGUGGUCUUGGUGCUGAUCUCUCUCUUCCUCUGGAUAUCCUCUCUGACUCAGACGAAGGAGUCACUGACACAGCCACAGAGGUGCCUGACUGGCUGAAGGAGGGGGAGUUUGUGACUGUAGGAACGAAUAAAAGUGGCACUGUGCGCUACGUGGGACCUACGGAUUUCGCAGACGGAACCUGGGUUGGAGUGGAGCUGGACUUACCUGCGGGGAAGAACGACGGGUCUGUGGGUGGAAAGCACUACUUCCACUGUAACCCUGGUUACGGGGUGUUGGUGCGUCCUGAUAGGGUGAGCCGUGGAGGAGUCGGGGGCGGGGCUAAGGAGAAGCGGCGACAGCAGCAGAAGCGUCGCAGUGCUAACCUAUCAGGGUCCAGCCCUAACCUGGCUGCCCUCACUGCCCUGGCCAAGGGAGAGGGGACUGGGGCCAGUCGCAAAGGAGACAACCGUAAAUCCUGGAACAGCUGAGAGGAGAGUGUAGCAAGGUUGGGGUCAAUUUCAUUUCAAUUCAGUCAAUUCAAGAAGGAAACUGAAGUUACAAUUUAAAUUUCCCCUGAACACAUCUCUAGAGAUGCAUUGAGGAAAAUUUAAAUUCGAAUUUCAGUUUACUUUCCGAAUUGCUGGAAUUGAAACGAGAUUGACCCCAACCUGGUGGGUACUAGACACGACGCAACGCCACAACCAACUAGUAGAGGUGCAACCCGAAAACCACAGCAACAUAUCAAGACAUAAGAGGUGCACCGUUUUGUCGUUUUAAAUGUUCAGUCACCGAUGAACAGGUGGAGGAGAGGCCCAGUUCAUGGUGCUGGCUGCAUCAAGGAGUAGGAUUAAGUUACCCCCUAGUCACUGAUCUUGGGUCAGUUUGACUUUUUCCCCACUCAUGGAUAAGGUUAGUAUUGGGGGGAGGGGAUUACGAACAAAAGAUUGAACAACUUUUGGCCAAGGUAUCCAUGGAAUAAGUUUAACAUGUUCAAUACAAUACAAGGUAAUAGUAGUAAUUUAUGUUCUUAACCCUGGAGGCUCCCUGGAGGCUCACAGGAAUAUUGGUAUCCACAGUACUCCACCAAUUAUCUUUUCUUUUUUCUUUUCUUUUUUACAUAAAUGCACUGUGAUUCAAGUUCUAAAAUGGCAAAGUCUUUGCCUCAUGGCAAAAUGUGCAGAAUUCCAGGAUGAUAGUUUUAAAACUGCAACGUUUUCUCUCCGAUGCCAAGAGGCGGGCCUUUUUAAAUGUUCUUUCUCCGGGCCCUCGACUUGUUUCGUUCAGCCUUGCACUGCAGGCGGCAUAGUAAAACGCCUUGUAGGCUGUUUUUAACACACUGUAGAUGUCUUCUGAUUAUGAGCGGGUCCUUGUUGAAUUUUCUAUCACAAAAGGGGUCCCAGGCCCCAAACAGUUUGAGAACCCCUGACCAAGGGGAAACUUCACCUCCAGAGCUUUCUUUCAUAUCAUCUGAAUGUAUUUUUUUGGUCUGAUUGGGUCUCUCAGGUUCUCAAAUAACAUGUGCCAUAUUGUAUUUACCAGGGUUGCGAUCAAUUCCAUUUCAAUUCAGGAAAUACACAAAUUCCAAUUCUAUUCAAUGCUUUUCAAUUAGGAAUUAGGUUUACUUUCUGAAUUGACUGAAAUUGAAAUGGAAUUUGCCCCAACCCUGGUUAUUACAACAGGUUAUUACAACAGGUUAUUACAACAGGUUAUUACAACAGUGUGGCAGAACAAUGUCUUAUGAUGAUCUGUUUUUAGCUAACAGGAAAUAUUCUGUGUAUUAACUUUACUUCAACUGUUUGAUUGGAUCAUUUUAUAUUUGGAUGUUAUGUUAUAAGGUUUUGGGAUAGUGUGGGACAGGUAGAAUGCAACCUGGUAUGUGUUUUAUGUAUACUGAACAAAAAUAUAACG